UGUAAUUAAUAGGAAAUGAAAAAUCGCAGCUAUUUUGAAAGUUAUCACUAAUGAAGUAAAUUCUACGAAUGAAAACAAGAACUGACUAACAAAAGCAAUAAGAAAAUGUUUACUGUGGACAAAAAGCGCAAUCAGACUCGACUAAAUGCUGCUGGUCUUUAUGAGGGACGGUGGAGUAGUCAGAGCUGAAGGAGAAUAAUAGAGGACUGGUCUCCUUUAGGUUUUAGGGAGAUAGAUGGGUCUGUAUAUUCAUAACACUGCAACUGUUGUACAGAAAGAACAGUAGACAGGACCCUGUAAAAACUCAUACAGGCCGCGAGGCCAGGCGCAGACAUACAGAACGACACAGGAAGCACAGAGCGAGCUUGGAUUUUCAAGUCCAUCCAUCCAUUCGCUUCUGCUUAUCCUUAAGCGGAUUUUCAAGUCAUUAUUUUUAUUAUUCAGACAUCAAAGAAAAGUAUCAGAGAUUUUUGCACAAACUUACUGAAAUUGAUCUUAAGUGAUCGAAUGCACAGAUGUGUGUUUGUGACUGACCUGCUCCCUGGGUGCCAUUUAUUUUUCAACCAUUAGCUGAAAAUCUUAAUUUAUUCUCUCCAUCUCUCCUCCACCUCUCCUGUCUGCUACCCUGGGUGAUUUGUCUUACACCACGUGAGGAAAAGAAGAUGGCAGAAGUCGUUCAAGAGAAAAGUCGUGGCUUGAAGUUUGCGGAGCAGCAGCUCCUUCGCCACGGCUGGGAGCACGGUAAAGGACUGGGACGAUCUGAAAACGGCAUAUCAGAGGCCAUCAAGGUGAAAGUGAAGUGUGACAAAGGAGGAGUUGGCCAUAAAGAAGGGGAGCAGUUCACCUUCCACUGGUGGGAUCAUGUCUUCAAUAAAGCCUCCUCCAGCCUGCAGGUGGAGUCUGAUCAAAAUGGGAUUAAGCUGAAGAAGACUGCAGAAGAAGAGGAUGGGAUGAUCUCCAAUAAAAAGCCGAGGAAAGCGACACUGGCUAAAGAUAAGCUGUAUGGAUGCUUUGUCAAGUCUGCCACACUGCUGUCUGGUCAGGAGCAGCCAGAGCCGAAGGCCUCCAGCUCAGAUGACAGCAGCAGCUCAGAUGAGGAGGAUGACCAGAGGAUGGAUCUCUCCAGCACCACCAAGCUUUCUGACACUGAUCUUAUGAAGGUUUGUGGAGGACGCACAGCUCACAAGGGAGCCAGGCACGGCUUGACCAUGAGCGCCAAGUUAGCCAGGCUAGAGCAGCAGGAGGCCGAGUUCAUGGCCAAGUAUGGAAUUAAGAACCAACCAGCAAGUGCUCCUCCUCCAGCCUCCCAUUUAGAGACGCAGGAGGAGAUGAUGGCAAGCAGAAAAAAGAUGAAAAUGAAUGAGAUGAGUAGUGAUGAAGUGUGUGAAACUCCCACAACAGAUGUUCAACCUAAAAAGAAAAAGAAGAAGAAAAAGAAGAGCGCUGAUCCCGAGGAAAGAACUGAUGAGGAUUUGAUUCACGUAGAAAACUGUGAGGCAGACGAUUCGCACAAGAAGAAGAAGAAGCAUAAAAAGAAGAACAAAGUGGAGGAGAAUGGAGUCGAAGAGACGCAUUCACCGGCUGCAGAGAGCGAGGAGGUGACUGCUGAGAUGCAUGCUGACGAGGGCAAGAAGAAGAAGAAGAAAUCCUCUAAACGCCUAAAGGAAAAUGACAGUGACUGUAAGGAGUCUAGCCAAUCAAAUCACACAGGACUGGAGGAAUCAGACGUCACAGAGUCAACAGUGAAGAAAAGGAAAAAGUGCAAAAAGGACAAAACAUGUACUGAUGAGGAGGCUCCUCCUCCUCUGAAGAGGAAGAAGAAGAAGUCUAAAGACUAGUGUGUGAUUAGCUGGGAAUCUAAUUCCAUGUCUGAAGAGGACGUGCUUUCCCAGUGUACUCGUCUGUGGUGCUAAACCAGAAUCAUUAAUGUCAACCAGCAAACAUAAACAGGAAGCACUUUGCACCCAUUUAUUCUGGUUACAAGUCCACAUGGCAGAAAUGUUAGCACGAUCCUUUGACAUGACCGAAAUAAACGAGUGAAAUUGUGGUUAAAAAAAAAAAAAAAUCAGCUGAGGUUUCAUGUGAGUGCUUCCUGUUUAGCUUUGUUUAGUCGAUAUUAGAGGAACUUGGUGAGUUACAGUCUAAACAUGGACUGUAAAGGAAUUUUGGAUGUUUUCAGCAAACUGGAAAACAUCUUUAACUACAUCCAGCAGGUGAAGCGCAUUACAAGAUGCUGUUUAGAGAAGUUGAUGAUGAUUUUUUUUUUAAAGAUUGCCUUUAUAACAUGAAAUGUGCCCUAAAUAAUCCAUCACAACCAGACGUGGCUUUUCUAAACUAACAGUGAUUAUGGCUGGAGUCAGUUUACAGUUGUUCUGGGAGGUAAACAUGAAAUAUAAAGAAUCUUUUUACAAGCUCCCUUUGACGGAGACCCCAGCUGCGUUGUGUUUUUACAAUACUGGUGUAGGACGUGGAGUAUUGUGACACAUGCUGGUUUUAUAUGCAAAUUAAAUGAUCAGACUCAGCAGACUUUUGUACUUUUGAUUCUUUUAUUUAAAAUUGUCUUUGUGUAAAUAAACAUUUUAAACAAAGUAAACAAAUAUACAAAAUUUUUGUAUCUUUUGUAGGAAUUAGAAAAUAUUCAUGUGCAUAGAUCAUUUGCACAGUUUUAGUCACCUGACAGGUGUGUCAGCAUGUGCCUGGGACAAGACGCACACACUUGUGACAGAUGUAAACUUUGAUGGGAUUCUUGUUUCCUGAGCUGUAAUGUUGAUUAGCUGUAAGCUUUUUUUGUGAAGACGAUAGAAAAUAAAAUAGUUCCUACGUUAAAAUGCCCAAACAAGGAUUUUUUUUCCCCCUUCUUGAGUAACCACGAGUGAUUUCUAAAAAGAGAUAUUGCUGCUGAGUUUUUCAAAUGUUUUUCAGCACCACAAGGUGAGUCACAUGUACUUCCACCAUAUUUAAGAGAAAGCAGAUGUGUCUUCAGUGGAUAUCUGGAAAACCUGGCAACUCUAACUCAGAUGGAUAAAUGGUACUACAGGCCAGAGGGGGAAAGAUUUUUGGGUGAACUGUGCCUUUAAUCAAGAUGUGAGAAUGCGUCCAUGGUAACAACAAAAAAAAUGACCCUUUUGCCUUCAACUUGAACCAAAUAUCUUGGUUCGAGUCACCAAUGCCAAAGAUUAAAAAACAAUAGUAGAAUAAAUGUCUCUUUUUAUGAUUUUUUGAAUCAUUUUAUUAAUUAAAUAUAUGUUCGACCUUCAUUUACCGGAGUUUCAACAUCAGUGUUGGUUGUGAUUUAAAUAUUUCUUUAAACUGACAGCUCAGUGGGUGUUCGGAUGCUGAACACUAUCCUCAUUUCACUAUUAAAAAUAACAAAAGGGUCAGCAGCUUUAAAAAAAAAUUAAAAUCUUGUUGAGUCGACCCUUUGUCAUUGCUACAGUGGCUCAGAAAAAUCCUUAAAGUGUUACUGUAUCUGAAAUUUCUUCCUAGAUGAAUCAAAGAGUUAGAAAGACAAAUAUGACCGUUGAACAUCUGAAGUGCAGUGACUGUCUUUCCAUCAAAAAGGGCUUUAAAACAUCUGCAUCAUGCUGUUAUUUUAAACAGAUGAUUAACAAAACCCCAAAAGUUGAACUUUCAACUUUUCCUUUAACCUCC